AUGGAAGAGGACCUCAGCAAAGUCACUCUUUCUUCAGCUCAAACUACAGAAGAAACUAACCGCCAUGUAGUCGAUAAUCUCCCUUCUCUUGGACCCAUCGGAGUCAAGGUCAAUGGAUACGACUGUGAAGGAUCACUGUGUCCGGGACUGCUCUUUAAUUUUAUCUCAGAAGAAGAGGCUCGUAAAGUGGACUUCGAUGUUCAUCCUCAAGACAUUUGGCUGCCAGGGGUUUGUGAAGAAGACAUCAAAAUCACCGGAAUAGCCUUAGCCACCGUAGCAAUGGAAGGAAUCAGUGAAACGACCUCAUUUCUAGUUACACAGAAGAAUGGACCACUGAUCCUUGGAAAGCCUUUCAUGAAUUAUUUUUUGGCUGAAAUCAGCUACAACAAUCAACUAGCCCCGACAUUGGCAUGCUUCGGUUCUGGAGGCACAACACACCGUUUUCUGAUUUCCCAAACUAGGGAGAAGACACUAGAAACAAUCAUCUGA